UUGAACCAUACCCGAAGCUUCAAGCAUGGUUCGAUUACCUGCGGAGGAGGAGGGGAAGGAUGCCGGCACGGGCUCCGGCAGCUGGCCACGCACCCGCCGCUACGCCGUGGGGGAUGAGGUCGAGGUCCUCUUCACCGGACCGGGCUUCCGCGGCGCGCGCUUCGAGGCCACCGUCAUUGCGCGCCUCCCGGGCUCCGAUCGCUACAAGGUAGUCUACUCCAAACUCGUCGUCCGCCGCGGCGGCCCCCCGCUGCGGGAGGUCGUGGCAGGCUCCAAUGUACGGCCGAGACCGCCGCAGCCGGCGGCGGCGGGGCGCGAGUUGGAGCUGUUCGAUCUCGUCGAGGCGUGCCACAACGACGGAUGGUGGCCGGGCGUCGUCUCCGACAUCCGGCCCAAGCGGAGGCGGAACCAGGAGACACAGUUCGCCGUGUCGUUCCCUCUGUUUCGCGAGGUAGUGGUGCUCUCGGCCUCGUUUGUGCGGCCCAGGCAGGAGUUCGUGUACGGAAGCUGGAUAGACGCCAAGGAAGUGCUGCGAGGGAUACCGCAACAUGCAGAAGGAAGCCACAUAGAAGUGAUGUGUGAUAAACAGGGCAGAGUUUGGAGGCCGGCUACUAUCAAGAAGAUGGUCGGCAGUACCAACUAUGUUGUUAGCUAUGGAAAUGGGGAGAUCUCUACUGAGGUCCUCCACACAAUGUUCAUUCGGCCAGAACCCAUCUAUGACAAAAUGAAGUUGGAAUAUGAAUUGAAGCCCUCAGCAGAGGUGGAAGUAUAUUACGAUGGCAGCUGGUCACUAGGUGUCAUUGCAGAUGUUGGCAGCUGUGAACCUAGAAGAUACAGAGUAAAGGUAAAAGAGCAUAACAAUGCAAAUGGAGAUGACUACAUGAUUGUGUCAAGUGCGUCCUUGAGACCCAAGGCCAAAUGGGACAGUCAGGAAUGGAGGCUACGUUCUACCAAGAAAUAUGCCAAGAACAGAAAUUAUUCAGAUUCCCAGUAUUCACCAGAUUCUUACAGUUCAUCAGAUUCUGAAUAUUCAUCAGAUUCUUACAAUUCAUUAGAUUCAGACUAUUCAUCAGAGUUCUCCACACCUGGUGGAAAUAGUGAUCAGUAUAGCUCAAUCCCUAACAAAAGGGUGAUGAAAGAAAAUGCGCAAACCGAAGAGGUGCAUUUGAGGCACUUUUUAAAUCUCAGGCAAGAUAGAGACAGAUUACCAUUAAAGGAUGUUAUGGAUAUGGAAAUAUCUUCUGAAAUGCAUGUAUCUACGGUGAAUAAACAAGAGAGGGAACUGGAAGGUUUGGGGUUGGGGGAUGCAAAUGGGGAAGAGCAAAUACUGGAAGCCAAUGGAGUGGAGAAGUUAAUCUGUACACCAUGUGAUGGAAAAGAAAGGCACUCCUUGCCAAAGGCACUUCAUAGUAAGAGAAAGGACCUUUCUGUUUCUUCACUUGAUGAUGUUAUUGAAAUUGGUAGCGAGUACAGCUGUGGUGAUGUUGGGAUCAGUGAUGACGCUAGCCAUGGAAAUUUUAUUGAAAUUAGCGACGAUUCUAGUUACAACCCAAUCAAAAAGCAAAGGCGGAUGAAUCUCCCAGAUGAAGAACUCCAUUCCAAUCAUUUGAUACACAAUAAUCAAGCACCAUAUUCUGCAUCAAGAUUGUGGCAAGCACAGAAUCGUCAGCAUUAUCUUUUGCUAGAUGCAUCAAGACAUUCUAAAGAACAUGCAUGUAGAAAUGUGUUAUCACAGUCCACGGAGCCAUUGGAAUCAUCACAGGAUCAUUCCCACAAGGAUGGUGGGCAACAGAUUCCUUUGCCUGGUUGCCAGGUCCAAGAGUUUAUUCUUGGAAGGAAUGAAGCAGAAGAAACACAACUGUUACACCAUCUCCAUUUAGAAAACACGUUGAUGAAACUUGAUGAUUCUGCUGCUGGAUGUGAAAACCAUGAAAUGUGCCAAAAAAUUACAAAGGUGAACAGUUGGGUGGCUGGUACUUCCAUUGAAAACAAAAAAACAGGCAUUUCACCUGAGGAGGUGGCAGUCUUCUCAAUCGGGAAAUUAGAACCACCUUCAUCUGGACAAAAGGGUGUUAAGGCUGACCUCUUGUGUAUUGAAUCCCGUAACCAUAACAAAAUGGAGAUAAAAAAUGAAAGAAUGGGUAUGUCCUUAAUCGGGAAAUUAGAACCACCUUCAUCUGGACAAAAGUGUGUUAAGGCUGACCUCUUGUGUAUUGAAUCCAGUAACGAUAACAAAAUGGAGAUAAAAAAUGAAAGAAUGGAUAUGUCUCUUGUGUCAGCAGAAGGGUUUCACCUGGAAACCUGUACGAACUCAGACAAGGAUAUUGCAAUUUUAUCAUAUCCUGAAUGCAAUGCAUUGUCACAACAACCUUGGGGUCAAUCUCUAGAAUCUGUUUCUGAGAAAUUAGCAGGACGAUCUCCAUUGCUUCAUCCUAGUGUGACGGCGGAUAUAUCAGCAUUUCUGCCACUGACAGUGCCUAACAGCAGCUAUCUUUCUCCAGUGUUCUCUACAACUUCCUUGCUGCUGAUGCCUAAAAACAAAAUGGAGGUCUUUGAGAAGCUACCACAGAAUCCACACUUCCGUGAGGCAUGGAAUUGUCCUCCAGAACGUCGUGAAGGAAAAGCCCUAGAACUUAUGGUCUAUUUUGCAAACAUGGCUGUAAGCAUCAAGAACAUGCGAAUUCAGGAUGAACCACGACUUUUUGAAGAGAAGAUGAACAUCCUAUUAGAUAUGGAAGAAGACAACGGGUUUGAAGCUGGCCCCCUGAAGGUCCGCCUGCAUAACCUACUUUGUACAAAGACUUGCCAGAUUAACCUCAAGAGCAAGAAGGUAAGAUUAGAGAAGGAGAUAUGUGAGAUAGAAGCAAUGAACUGUGGAUUAGAGCAGCGACUCAAGGUGCUUGACAUGUGCGUCAUGGGAAUGGAAGAGAAUAAAUACCAGGAGAUGAAAGCUUCACUUGACAUGCAAAAAACAGAAAAUUGGUCAUCUAUUUCAAAGCUCCAAGUCGAUUUGUGUCAAGUUGAGGAGUCACUCAAGCAUGCUGAAGCCGAAUUUUGUAGUAUUGCUACUGCACCAUGGCAAUCAGAUGAUGGACCUUUGCUAAGGUAAUCUUGCUGAGCUAUUAUAUAUGGGAGGUAACCCUUCUCGUCUACACUUGAUCUGUUUAUGUAUAUAUAUGUAUGCUUUCUUCACGGAUCUGAGAGAGAAAAUGAUCUUCAGUUAUGUGUAUUUUGAGCAUGCAGUCUGCCCCACCUAAAUGAUCUUCAGAUAUGUAUAUUUUGAGUUGUAAUGCUUGUUGCUCUCUUGAGUUGUAGCUCAUAGGCAAUGUUGCAAUUUGUUAAGUUGAACAUCCUACGUGAUAUUUUCAGCAAUUAGAAGACCUGUUAUUU